UUGAUUUUCAACGACGAUGACGACGAUGGAAAGAAAAUGGGAAAAAAUGCAAAUGGCGGUCGUUGUUAUUGUUCGCUGGUAAUAAACGAGUACGAUUUUCGGUAAAUGGUGCCCUUCCGGGAGCAGAAAACGGCUCUUAAUUAGCGUGCGAUGCAAGUUGCGUGUCCCGGGGACGGAUUUGUGAUAUUGGUUACGCUGAACUAACGCGUUAAGAAGUGGAUUUUUGCGGCUUUGAGGAAAAGUGUGUCACCCUCGACGGCUCCGCGAAUUCGGAGCGAAAAGGUUCCAAUGGAAUGGCGGCCGAUAGCGACGGUGAACAACAACAGAAUACGACUAGUAUCAGCAACACCCGAACGCUCAAAGCCGUUGUCAUUUGCGAAGGGAACCUUCAAGAUCCAGAUUUUCAGUCGCGUCUAGACGGACUUGUGGAGAAGCUAACUUCGUUGGUGGAAGAACCAGCAUCCACUGACGAGGACGAGGCCAACCAGGAUAGAAAAAAGAGUGGAAAACUUACGGUAGAUAAGGUUGAACCAUGGAACAGUGUCCGGGUUACUUUGUCCAUACCGAAAGAGGCGGCCAUCAAAUUACGGAGGUUGGCUGCCGAAGGAAACAGCGCCCUGCGGGCUCUUGGCAUACUAUCCGUACAGCUCGAAGGCGACACCGUUUUGUCGCUGAGGUUAGUGGGGCAGGAAAUUGUGCUCCGGACGGAUAACUCGGCAGCUACUGCGCCAAUUUCUGGUAUUAGUAGCAGUUCUAAUAGUGGCUUAGGAGAGCUAACACGAAUACUCUCCCAACAACAGCAGCAGCAACCUCAAGUGCAGCUGCCGCAAGGACCACCUGCCUUACCAUUAGCUGAAGAUGGUAUUGUUGCUGGUCCUUCGAAAGUUGUUGCUUCUCCUCAAAUGCAGCCAAAAGUGUCCCCAAUAGCAGCGACUGCGACCGUUGGACCAGCACUGGUUUCGACACCUAUAAUGAACGGUCCAGUUAUGGCAGCAGUCGAUGGUGCAGCAGUGUUCAAAUCACCCAACACUAUUUGUCCAAUGGAUGGCAAACUGCCAGCUCACGUGCCAAAUGUGGUAGACAGUCGAGGAGGUAGCGAGUAUCCGUUCGAAAGUAUGACUCAAGCAAGGGUAAUUCAACGGAGAGAGAAUACCUUGAACAUGGGCAAUACCACAGUGACAUCCGCAGCAAUGGCUUCACUACAAACGGUAGCCUCAGGUCCUGCUGGUGUUGUUGUGAAAACGCCUACCGGCAACCAUUUCGUAGCACCCAAUCCACCUGGUAGCAAUGCACCACCUCCUUAUCCGGCCUCAUUAACCGGAGCGAAAACUGUUAUGCCUAUCUUAGGUCCGCCGGGGUCUGGUUCAGGGCACAUCGGUAAUGUGGCUAUGACUAGCCCGUUAUUAGUAAAUUUGUUGCAGAAUGAAAGUGCAAUUUCACAAAGCUUGGCGGCUGCGAAGAACAAGUCCAGCGGCAUAAACAAACACCAAGAACCUUCAGUGGGGGUUGGUGGCGUAAUCUCUAAGGUUACAGCCGGAAGUGCGAUGAACGCUAUCAGUGAGAAUGAACAAAGUGUGAACAGUGGUGUUUCUCAAAAGACAUCAACAUCAACGUGUAACAUGGCUGGUAGUACUAGUAACAGUAGUAGCAACAACAACAGUAGAAGUAAUAAUAACAAUCCAGUGCAUCCAGUGAUCAGUGGUAAUAGCGAAAGUGGUGUCGUAGCCACAUCGCAGACAAUAGUAGUCAACUCUGGUGUAGUACCAAUAGCAGCGGGAUCAGCCGGACAACCGAUCAGUGCUAGUGCAAACAACACUAAUUCGAACAAUAUGAUGACAAACAGUAGUAGUUUAACCAAUACCGCUAACAACAAUCAGAGUGUUAUAAAUGUGCAGCCUUCUCUUAUAACUCCACCAAUGUCAGUGCCUUCUUCAAGUAAACACGUUAAUGUGCAGCAACCAAGAUUUAAUCUCGGCCUCAGUGGGGCUGCAGUAGCGCGACCAUCUCAAACCCAGCAGCAACAACAACAAACUCUUCGACCUCCAGCGGGCAUGAUUCCGCAGCAGCAGAGACCUCUACAACAGUCACCACUACAACCAACGCAUUCCCAGGAACUAAGCUUAAGUCGGUUUCCAGCUCAACAGCAGUUUCGGCAACCAGCUAUUUCUCAACAACAGCAACAGCGGUGGCCUUCGGCGACUCCCCAGUCGAUGGAUUCGGCAACAAAAACCAGCUUUCAAGAGUUCACUCGUUACCAGAUGCAGUACAAUCUUAGCCAGCAACAGUUGAACAAGCAACAAACCGUGCAGCAACAAGCAGGUGCGAGCGGCGAUCUCCUAAGUUUAGGGCUAGGUGACUUACCGGAUUUGGGAAAAAACGAUCUGGAUUCACUUCUGCCCACACUUAACUCGGUUGAUUUGGAGGGAGCAUUUUUGGACGGCUUGGACCUGGAUCUUGAGCAUUCGCUAACUCCAACUGGAAUAAAACAAAACGUGCAACAGGCCGCGGAACGGAAAUGGAAACAACAAUUUCUAAUAAAUCCGCUAACCGGAGAACUGGAAGAAACGCAAACAGAAGAAACUGAGGACAACGACGAAGAGCUCUUGAAAAGCUAUCCGGAAUUUAAUUCUGAAAUGUCCAAUUCUUUAUACUCAGAUGAUGAUGAUAACUCGUGUAGUACAGGGUUUUCAAAGUUUACAUCCGAUGUUAGCGAUACUGAAAGGUCAGCAACAUUGGAUGGGACAGGUGGUUUUGGUAAUAAUCUGUCAAUCGCUUCCAGUUCAUCGGCUAUGUCUAAAUUGGGCAAACCAAGUAAAAUGAAGAAGGAAAAAGCUAAAGAUAGCACUAAAAAUUCAACCAAAUCUAAGGAAAAGAAACCGAGGGAGAAGAAAUCCUCAUUGAAACAAGUCAAAACUGUGGCCAAAAUAGUGUCGACGGAAAGCGGUGGAGAAUCACCCGGAAGUCAAGAAGCAAUCAAGUUGAGAUUGAAGUUGGAUAAAUCCGAGGCCAUUAGUGUAAGUUUGGUGCAGACACCUGUUGCAAGUGGAAGUGCUCCAAGUUUAAAUAGCAGCGUUGGUGGAAACAACAAGAAAGUGCAAUCAUCACAAGUGCUAGCAGAGUCUUCGGGAAUGCCGCUUAGCGGCAUUGGAGGAGUUUCUAAUUCCACAUCACCCGAGUCGACGAUACAAGCUUUACCUUCGGCUUCUUUACAGAAUAUACUUUCUUCUUCCGGUACUCCUGUAUCGGAAUUAGUUGGGCCAAUCCAACAGUCACAAGCUUCGUCUACCCAGACUUCACAACAAACGUUCGGUAAUAAUAGCUUUAUGGGGACAAACAACAGUGCGGGCUUGAGCUCUACUGCGACAACUGCAAGCAGUGGUGGAGGUACUUUGUCAUCAUCUCCUGCGGGCGAGGAGCUUCGUGUGCCCCCUUUGCAUAUUAGUCUUCGAGGAAAAAAAUCAGUUGUUAUCAAAAAUUCCAAAAAGGAUAGGAAGAAAAGCCAAAGCGGUGGCGAAGAGGAUAGUGACGGCAGUGGGUAUCAGUUUAGUAAAAAGACUACUAUCAAACAACGGAGCAGUCAUUCAACUGACAGCAGAUUAACAGUGGUCAUGACAAGUGAUGCUAGUAUUCGGCUUAAAGUAGAAGAACCUGGCCCGUCGUCAUUGCCAUCGUCACCAAACCAUCAUAACCAUAUUCAUAUUGGUAGUACGAUGGGAAAGCUAAAAUCGAAUAAACUAGAAGAUCUGAAUCCAUCGACAAUUGCUGCCAGCAGUCCGAAUGAUUCGGGUCCGAUACCAGAUCACCAACACAAGCGAUCCGCAUCGGAUUUGUUACAAAGUCCUAAUGGAUUGAUUUUGUGUCCUGAAAAGAGGCGUCGUCUAAGCGCUGGUCCAAGCGACUUAGUAGGUGCUAGCGGUGGAAAUAGUAUCAAUGAAAUCAAUGAAAUUUAUGAAACUCUUAUUUCUUCGACCGAAGGAGGUCCCAUCGGGUCAACCAAUGUUGGUACCUUACCCCAGUCAUCACUGCUAGCAGCGGCAACGUCGUCAGCAAAAAACUUGAAGAGCUCCAGCACGAACAACAGUAUCAACAACAACAACGCGUUUGGCAAAUGCACUAGUAGCAACAGCGGCAGCAACUUUAGCAGCAGCAGUAGCAAUAAAAGUUCUAUAAAGCCAACGCAGUCGAGCCCUACGACGUCGUCUGUGUCAUCGCCUGGAGCUCUAGUAGUCGCAUCAAACACUCUCAGCUCGACGCAGUCCCCCUCGAAGCCUUCUUCGCCUGUACCUUCUUCUCCGUCGUCGGAUAAAAUAACGGCGACAACCAGCAGUGGGAAGCCUCCACCUGAGGAAACAGUGGAAUCUGGUUCCGAUUCAAGUGGAAAUUAUCCCAAUAUCAGUAGCAAUCCUGUAACCACUACCUCAAGUCCUGAAGUGUCCAUCAAUCAGCGAAUAAGCACCACAGUCACCCAUCAUCAUCAUCAUCAUCAUAAUCGUCCACCGGAAAAGGCCGGAGAUUCUCCAGCUUCGACUUCUAGUUUCAAUGAUCAAUCUCCUAAUCAUCACCAGCACCAUACUCAACAGCAGCAGCAAGUUCCAUCCAUAGCAAGCGCGAGCGGACAUCUGCACAGUUCACAGGGAGUUCGCGGAUCUCCCGGAUCUCAGGCUCAGGGAGAAGACAGCGGUAUCGAAUCCAUGGAUGCCUUAUCGGAAAAGAGCCCUCAUCAACUAUCACAUAGCCCACAGGGGACCGAACCGCCUGGUUGCAAGCUACUUCGAGUUGACAGUCCCAAGGACAAAGUCGUCGUUUCGUCACCACAAGAAGUUGAACCGAAGGAAUCUCUCAAAGAUGAUUCUAGCAAUAAUAAUAAUAACACCAACAUAGACGAAUACAUAGACAUUGAGGCAGCUCUUGCAAAAAUGGAAGGGUUGAGUGACAUACAAGUAACAGCAGCCACCACCGUAAUCGAGAGGCCGGUCAAAUUGAAUGGCGAUCACACGACUUUGAUGAAACCAAACCAAACAGAGGAAGCACAAAUAAAGCUGGAUAGUGCGAAUCUAAGUAAAAUUCUCGAUGAUAUCGACGACGUUGAGAUGGUGGUGAUGUCGGAAUCUCCAACUACAGCAACCACUAACAUCAAAGGGAACAGUAUUGAUGAAAUGUCUUCCAGUGCGCAUUCAGGAACAAUUGGGGAACCCGUUCAAAAGGAACCAGAUGCGGUGACAAAAGGAGAAGAGGAAGAAGACUGGCUUUUAAAAGCGGAGAAAAAGCAGCAGCAGCAGCAACAACAACAACAGGAGAAAGGGGAAGCGAAUGAUAUACUCACUAGUAAUAGUAACAAUAAUCUGACGGACAAGGCCGAGUUAAAGCUCGAUACCAAGCAACUCGUACUGGAAGAUUGUUGUAGCAAUAAAGAGGUGUUUAGUUUAAAAAGCGAAUGUGAUAGUAAAAUAGUUGAUUGUAAAACUGUAAUUAAAAAUGAUCCCGAGGAGGCUAUUGUUAGUAGUGUAAAACAAGAGGAUGGCCAAAUAAAAAGCGGGCCAAAAAACAGUUCCAGUGUUGGUGAUAAGAACAACGAUCUAUGCGUUUCGGAGAAAAAUGGUAAUGCUUCGGAAGGACGGAAAAAUGUGAAAUCUAGCGGAGUUGAGCAACCGAUUCUGUCGGAUCUGAAACCCCGUCAUGAGCAACCACCGCUGUAUAGCUAUUCUAGUGAGAAGGCGCGCGAACGUAGAUCUGCCGCAAAUUCUACUUCUUCCAAUUCAUCGACACCGACAGUGGUAGAUAUUAUAGAUCUUGACGAUUCAGGAAAGUCUGAUUUGGAUCCGCCAGAGAAACAAAUUCAUUCCCCAUUGUCGAUCGACAUUCCGACGCAUCCGGAAUCAGCUGAAAAACGAAUAAGAACUCGUGCUUCGAGCAAGUUGGAAAGCCCAUUAGAACCGCCACGACAGAGUCCAUCCAUUGAUUCACCUGCUGCUGAACGGUUGAAGAAUACCGGAGCUAAAAAUGUUUCUACAGUUUCAACUGUGUCUGUCUCCACAAACAAUAAUGCUUCCGGGGGUGAUCGUUUAAGUCCAAAAACAUUACCCAAAACAACCAAACGGAAACGUCAAGGAUCGGAAAGCUCGACUCAGUCUUGCUUAAGUGAUGACAUUGCCGUUGUUCCUAGUCGAAUCAAAAAACCCCGAAAAGCAUCAGCUCCGACAGCCGCUAUCACAAGUUCCGAAAGGCAGAGAAAACCUCCGUCUGGUCGGGGAGCAAACCUAAGGAAAGCAGCAACGGCACCGGUAACAUCCACUGCAUCUACGUCACCCACUACAGCAGUUAGCACGACAAUAACAGUGGAAGAUUCUUCAGAUAGUGACGAGCCGUUGAUUGAGAUAGCGGGUAAAUUUCGUUCCUCUAAACUAACCAAAUCAAGUUCUUCAUCUUCUACUACCACUUCUUCUACUACAACAACUACUACAAUUACAACUCCGUCUACAACAUCAUCAACCUAUUCACCAUCCUCCUCCACAACAGGUACGUCAGGUACGGUAACAACGCCAACUUCUGCCGAAGAAGAGAAACCCGUUCGAAAUUCAAAAUCUACUUCCGGGGCUAAAAACUCUUCGACAAGCUCAUUGCCAGCGGUAACGUCUAAUAAUCCUUCCAACAAGCAGCAGAACACACACCUUCGAUCUGCAUCUGCUUCUUCACACACCCAACAGCAAACUGCAACCGCGACCCAGGACGAAAAAAUUAGCACCAGGAGAAGUGUUCGCAUGACUACGUCUACUCUGUCCACUGCGGCCAUGAAUAACAAGGCCAAAGAGAAAGCCGCUGCUCAGACAUCGACAGUUAGUGAAAAUCAUCGAGACUCGUCUAGUUCUCCAGUUCAGCAAAAUCACCAUGUGGGUACUGGCGCUGCAGGUGAGCAGCAGCAGCAUAAUAGUAAAAGCAAUAAUCACCAAGCUAAUAAUCACCAGAACUCGGUGGUUGCUGCAGCGGCUGUAUCGAUAGGCAGUGGAGGAUCAAUUAAAGGCAGUUGUAGCAAUACUAGUGCGGAGACGAAAGUGAGUGCUACUGCUGUGGUAGCGGCUAGUGUUACAGCUGAAAGCAAUGUUGCCGGUAGCACACCAGAAGGGCGGCGCAAAACAAGAAGCGCAGGAUUAGAAACGACCACCGAAGGUCGAAGAAGACGUGCAUCCCGAGACAGCAAGUGACCAAUCGCAAAUGCCUCAGCCGAGAGUAGCUACAGUGGUAGAGUCGGCUCCGCUGCUGCUGGAGCUGGCCGUCGUCGUAGCGUUCGUCAGCUGUACGAUUCAAAUCAGCGUAUGAGAAGUCGAUUUCUUUAUUCACACUUUUUCGAGCACACAGAUGAUGAGGAUGAGCAAGACGAGGUUCAUGAAAAUGACUUCCAUGGAGAAGACUUUGAUGUGGACGAUGUCAGCAGCAGUAGCAACGUUGAAGAACUCAUCAUAAAUCGACUCGAAUCGGAAGAAGUGCCCAUAGAAGCCGACAACGAAGUGUUGAUUAUGAAGACUGGUGACAUUGUCGAUCCACUCUUCAGCGAAGAAGUGGAUCCCCUUUCUGUGACUGGUAGCGGUUUAUCGGACCCGGUAAUAACGACAGCAAAGGGAACUAAAGGCGACGUCAGUGUCAGUCAUAUGAAAAUCAACGGCCAACGCAACCGAACAUCGGCAAGUGAGGUAUUGCAACAGCAGCAGUUGAGUGGACGAUCUACUCGAUCAAAACACAUUUCCGGAUCCACUGGAGGAAUAACACGCGGUUCCAAGGACGAAGACGAUUCUUCUUCGUAUCCAAAUGAGAUUGUUCUGACCACCAACAGUGAUUGUAGUUUGGAUGAGUUUGUGUCCUCAGACGAUGAUAGCAAUGUGGAAAUAUCUGUGGUAACUAUUUCUUUGUACUAAUUGCAGGGGCGAAACAAUUAUUUACACUGUGUCUGUAUCUGUGUGUGAAAAUGUUAUGAACCUGCUUUCCUUUAUUUAAGGCAAAAACAGCUUUUCCGAAUUCUUAUUUUAUUCUCCAGACAUUUACGUUACAACAUUAAAAUAAUGUUUUUGUAAAAUGGAUCUAGUUUGUAGCAACCAAUUGUACAGAUGGUGUAGUUCAGUUUAGAUAAUACAAAGGAAUAUUUAUUUUCUCAAUAUUUAACUUUUUUUUGUGUUUAUCACACUGUGAUAAAGUAAUGUAAAACUUUGGUUUAUUUCCCAUGAUCAAUAUUUGUUCAAUGAAAAUAAUUUUGGCCAAUAAUUACGCAAAAUCUAGCUGUAUUAUAGACAAAGUUAAAUGAUUUGAUUAGGUCCCUUGAUCUUGAUAUAAAAUUACGUAAAUAUUAACAUGUGUUUUGGAAGAUUGAACUCAUACAUUAUAAUUAUUCAUCAUCUGUCUUACUCGGUUUAGCAGGAAGAGUAAUUUAGUGUUGUGUGAGAUUGUAAAAUUGUUUCUAAAAUUAUUAAAAUCAUAGCAUUUCACAUACACAAACAUACACAUUUCGAAAAGUGUUAUGAACAAUCUUGAAAAAAAAAAUGUAAAUACUUCUGUAUGAUUCAAUCCACUAUUGACGAUAAUAUUUGAUUUUUUGUAAUCAACCUCAAAAAGCAACGAUCAGCAACAUCAUUUCAUAAAAAAACUGAAUCAAAACAAAUUCUCUGUUCACUGGAAUUCUGUUUAUAAAUUGUGAACUUACAUUGGAUUUCUUCUUUUAUUCCAAGUCUUAGACGCUAUACAUCGGCUUGAGCUUGUACCGUAUCUAAUCGGGUAAAGUCAUGUGUCCUGUUCUCCUGUUUUUAAUUCGGCUACCCGCAUUAACAAGUUUGGUUUGAUUAUUUCUGAAAUCUUCCUUACAAUUGCUACUUUUCGUAGUACUAUGCUUGGUGUACUGUGUUGAUAUUAUUUUCGAGUUUGCUUUUUAGACCACAGAUUAUCCAGACAAGAUCCUAUCUGGACAAGUUAUUCUUUGAUAAGGUACACCGGGGCAAGUGCAAACGAUCAACUUUCCUCUGUUACAAAAAAAUUAAAAAAUAUUUCUUCUUUUAAAAGUUGUUGUUGUUGUCCAAACCAACAAUCUGACAUAGAUAAACUAAACUUUCUUUCAAUUAUUCACUAAAAACACGGCACUGUUUGAUUACACACGAAUUCAAGUACGUACUAGACAUGAAAAGUGUGUUUUUGUUUUGCUUUUUUUGGAUACAAAAAAGGGCAUUCAAAUCCGAUUUUUCGUCGAAAGGUGAGUGUUUGGGACUGGUAUUCAGGUGAAAGCAGAAAAUUUAUGAUAAAUUUUCAGUAGACCCUAAAAAUUGUGAAAAUAAUAUUCACUCCUGUCAACCCACACUGCGGGGCAAGUGCAAACGACACUACCGGGGUAAGUGCAAACGCACCUUUAAGCCAUGUAACAUCAGACAUUAAAAAAAAUCAUCUCAAAUAUGGUUCAGCAUUAUAUUAGAGUGGUCAGAAAGGGUAUCCAAAGUGUUGUAUCUGAAGCGGAUAUUCAAAAUUCCGUAAUGCCUUGGCAAAUGAAGGUCUUUUGCUUCAAACAACAGUCAGCAAAACUGAAGUUCCAAAAAGUAAUUAAUAUAGCAGAAAAACAGCAAAUACAUCAAAAAAAGUUGAUAAAACAUACCGGAACAUGUAUUAAAUUCGUUUUAGUAACGAUACACUGACGCAUCUUUGAAUAAGUUUGGAGAAAGCAUUGCGUUUGCACUUGCCCCCAUAAACGGGGCAAGUGCAAACUUAGAAAUUUUUUCACAAAAGUGCCGUUACUUUUUACCAACAUUUUUUAAAUUUUCACUUUCUACGGGAAUUUGUUGAGAACCAUUUUAAUGAUGCAACGAACGAUAAUUGAUAAUUUUUGAAGAUUUGCAUAUUUUUCUAGGACAUGUGAAAGUUGAACUAUGGUGAAAAUCGUUUGCACUUGCCCCGGUGUACCUUAUAGAAAAAAAUUAAUUCGGCCUUUCUUACGUCUUUCCGUAUCCUUCUUGCUUAUUUCAACAAUUUUUCUUAUUAUCAGACGAUUGACGCGCUUGCAAUCACGGUAUACUACUUCCCUUGUGUGAAAGUGAGAAACCAAUAGCUUCACUAACACCUAUUGUCAUCCUUAUGGAAAUCUGUGUAGAAGUAAAGAUCAAGUUUUUUUUAGCAGGCCCAACGCGGAUUGCUUAUGAACAAUUCGUUUACACGGGUAAGUGAAAUAAUUUCAUCGACAGUGAAUUGAAUACAUACAAAUUGCAAAAUAAUUAUUAUGGCCCGUUUCCUGAAGAACUAAAAACAGACAAGCCCUUUCCUCUAUGUAGUGAUUUAAAGAGAAAAAGGGACACAUGUUCAGAUGAAAAGAAAAGAACUGCGCUACUCUUAGGAUCAAAGUUACAGAAUAAACCACAAUUUUGAUUUUUAUUACAGUGAUCCCUUUCUCUGAAAGAUGGUCAAUUAUUUAUGACUAAACAAUUUAAUUUAGACAAUUGUGUGCACAUACGAACAUUUGCGAAAUCGUGCGAUAUGUGGAAGAAAAAGUAUCAUAAAACAAUCGCACCUACUACCCCCUCCACGUUGCGCUGCUGUUGAAAGCAAAGCAUUCUUGUAUAAUAUUCAAAAUCUGUACAUUUUACUUAAGAAUAAUAAAAAAUUCUUCAAAUGCAUGAAACAACACAAAGAGUCAUAAACUCCCCUCUCAUCAUUAGAACAAAAUCACACAAAUCGAAACAAAAUACAAUAUACAUUUACUUACACGUGUUCACUUUCAAACUCAUCAAGCAUGAGAAACACCCACACAGUACACUUUUAAACACCCACACGCAUGUUUCAUCCCACGUAACACGUGCGCUUCGCAGAUCUGCACAUCCAGUUUGAAAUCCUAUUGUUUUAGCGCAUAUUUGUAGCUAGACGAGAUCGAUACAUACACGAGUAUAAGCAUUCAUUCCUUCUCUAAUUAGAAUGAAGUAAAAAAAACUAAGCAAAACUUAGGAAAUCUACAAUGAACACGGAAGUGUUACACAGAAGAAAAAAAAAACAGAACACGUUCUUUGCUGGUUCAUUCUCAAAUAGUUCCGUAUGUUUCAGGCGUUGUGUUUUCUCUUUUCUUUCUGUUUUCAUUCAGCUACAGAUUUUGAAACUAAGUUUAAAUUUUGCAACUGGCUGCUUGAGUUACAUAAAAUAAACACAUCUCCAGAAGUUAAAUAAAUUAACAUAGUUGCAAUG